AUUAAUAAAUAAUAGUUAUUAAAAAUAAUAUAGAAUUACAAAUAAUCUAUUUUUAUAUGAGCAGUAUAUGAUCUUUUUUUUAUUUGGCCUAAAAAGAUUCUAGCUCUUUAAUUCUAUUAAUAUCAUCUUGAGAGAAAUGACUACCAACGUAGUUUAGUACACCAACGUUUUCUAAACCUUUAACAAAUCAAAAAAUUAUUUUUCCAAAAAAGAAAUUUCAAAUGUUUUCAAAAAAAAACCCUAAUUGUGUAUAAUUCUUUAGUUUACAUUUUAACAAGUUAUUUAAAACAAAAAUUUGUUACUACAACUUGAAAUUUUUAUAUUUUAUUGAAAAUAAAAAUUAUUUAUUAUGGCAAGUAAAAGUAGUAAUUGUUUAAAAUAUAAAAUUUGUCAUUCGGAAAAUUUAGGAAGAUAUUUGGUAUCGGCAAAAAAUAUCUCAGCGGGUGAAGUGAUAAUUAGAGAAGAUCCUGUGGUCGUUGGACCUGCAACUUUUAAUAAAUCAUCUUUAUGUUUUUCUUGUCUUCGUCAUCUUUCGGCUGCUAGCAAAAAAUCACACUACAUUUGUUCGAAAUGUAACGUCGCCCCCCUGUGCAAUAGUUUCUGUGAGGAUUCAUUGGGCCAUCACACAAAAGAGGAAUGCCAGCUAUUAGAAAGUGAUAAAGAAUUUUAUUCCAAAAAUAUUCAACAAAUUACUGAAAUUUUAAUGCAUUUUCGAAUGUGGCUUUUAAAAGUGAAAAAUUCAAAUCAAUGGGAACAAAUAAAUGAGAUGGAGGAUCAUUCAAUUAAAAGAAGAAAUACCGAAAUAUGGCAAGAGAGAGAAGAAAGUGUUGUCGAUGUUUUUCGCGAGAUGAAAUUAAUUUCUGCGAAUGAUAAGAAUGCGGGAGAGCUUGUGCAAAAAAUUUGCGGUAUUUUGGAUGUGAAUUCAUUUGAAUUGAGAUCUCCAGGAGGUAUGGGCGAAUCUCCCCUUCGUGGUCUUUAUUUAAAAACAUCUCUCAUUGCUCACGAAUGUCGAGGAAAUACACACAUAACUGUUGAUGAUAAAUUUCAAUUAACAGUUUUUGCAAGUCUUCCAAUUCAAAAAGGAGAAAUAAUUUAUUUUAACUACACUUCUUCUUUAUUGGGCUCAGCGGAACGAAAAGAACAUCUUCGAGAAGGAAAAUAUUUCGAAUGUAAAUGUUCUACUUGUCUUGAUCCUUUCGAAGGUGGUUCACAUUUGAGUUCAAUAAUUUGUCCAAGAUGCAGAAAAGGUUUUGUGACAAUAAAAAAUCCAUUGACAAUUAAUCAUUAUGACAAAGGGACCAAUUGGGAGUGUCAGUCCUGUAAAAGAAAUUAUUUUGGAUGUCUAAUUAAAUCAACUUUAGAAAUAUCAAAAUCGUUGAUCAAUAAUAUUGAAAUUGAUGACAUAAAGAAAAUGGAAAAUUUAUUAAAGACUUUAUCCUCAACUUUUCAUACAAAUCAUUUUUUAAUUUUAAAUUUGAAACAAAAAUUAUUGACCGAAUAUAGAAGAGAAUUAAGUUCUCCUAAUCCGCAGAAGAAAACUUUAUUAAAAAUGUUUCAACUUUGUAAAGAGGUUUACAAUGUUCUCGAAAUAAUAGAGCCAGGAAUUUCCAGGGCUAAAGGUAUAUUAUUGUAUGAAAUGCAUUUUCCUGUUGCAAUUUUGGCAAAUCGUGCCUAUGCAGCUAAUGAAAUUUCAUCACAUGAUCUUCUUUUAAAAUUACAAGAAGCCGAAGAUUUAUUAAAAAAAUCUUUGAAAAUGUUACUUUUGGAACCGGCAACAACACCAGAGGGAAUAUUAACAAAAAGAGCGCUUCAGGAAUUGAAAAUUUUAUCUCAAAAUAUAGACGAUGUAAAAUCACUUUCAUUAACGCAAUCACCAAAAAAUAGAAAUUUAAAAAAAAGAAAUAAUUUUCGAAAACACUAAUAAAAAAAUCUCUUAAAUUUA